GCGAGAUCUCCGUGCUGCAGCAGAUGUCGGCCGCGUUCUGGGAGGGCAAGCGGGCGCAGCUGCGGGCCGAGUCCGAGGCGCGGCUGCGCGAGAUGGACGAGUUCGUCGCGCGCGAGCAGGCGCUCGCCGGCGCGGCGCUCGGGGCGGGCGCUCCCUCCUCGGCCGGCUCCCUCGAGGCCGAGCAGCUCAAGAUUGACCUGGCGGCCGAGCGGGAGCGCGUGCGCCAGCUCGAGCUCGCGCUUGCGCAGCAGCAAGUCGACUCGGAGCACGCGCUGCAGCAAGUGUCGGCCUACUGGGUCGCGAAGCUCGACGACGCGCGCGCCCAGCUGCCUCCCGCCGCCACGACCGCCGGCCAGCCUGGCAGCGCCGCGCCCGCCGAGGCUGCGCCCGCCGUGCUGGACCUGGUGCCGCAGAGCCUGCCGGAGGUGCGCGAGGACAUGACGCUGCGAGAGCUGCGUGCCCAUCUGCUGAGCUACGGCCUCUCCACCACCGGCCUCAAGUCGGAGCUGCGCGCGCGCCUCCAGCAGGCCAUGAUGGACGACCGGCUCAAGCACCUCGCCUGGGACCCGGAGACCCUCUCGUGGGCCGCCCCGGCCGCCUGAGGCCGCGCCCUCCCUCGCCGCCUCCUGCCGCCUCCUGCCGCUCGGGGCUGCGCGUGCCCGCGGAAGCCGCCGGUCUGUCCCGGCUCCGCGUCGCAGACGCGUUUCUCUCC